UCUCUGACUCCACCUGAAAAGGCGAGACAGUUUCAUCAUCAGAGUCACUGCUGCCAACACAAACGAAGAAGACAUGCUGCCAAUCCGAGCUGUGGUGGUGAUCGCACUUACUGUUUGUCUGACUGCAAACACAUCAGCAGCUUAUCGUUACUGCUGUCGAAGGUACAUGAUAGGCAGAUUACCAUGUUCGGCCAUCAAGGGGUACUCAGUCCCGACUGUCACAGAGAUGUGUCCCAUCAAUGCCAUCAUUAUCCACACAAAGAAGGGGAAAGCAUGCACCAAUCCAGCUCUGAAGUGGGUGAUGGACUGUGUCGAUCGCAUAAGGAAUAAAGCAUGGAAGAUCCACCAGCGCAGCAGCCAAUGAUUCCUCACUGUUUUAUAGUGAACGCCGUCUUGUGGAGCCUGCUGCAAAUGACAAAUAUGCUGUAGAUAUCAGCUCAGUUUUAAGAGAUUCUGUAAUAUUUAAAUGUUUGUAAUCGUUGUAAAUAUAAGAGUUGUCCAUGAAUUAAGCUGUGGUGAGAAAGAGUAACCAGUUCUAUUAGUGGUUGUGUGGUUUCAGGGAAACACUGAGUACCUGUUCCAGGUCUGUGCUGUUGAAUUUGUCCACAUUAACACGUGACACUGCAUACCUCCUUUUAUCUUUGUUCUUUGUUUAUCUUCUCACGCUGAAAGAUUCCAGCUCUGAGAGUUCUCACUCUGAGAAGUUUUCUGGAAGUUCUGUGCCAUGUGAUAAAAAACCUAGGAAGUCAUUAAACAUUAAUAGAUGAAUUUCCAGUGACAUCAGCAGAAAGACAAUGUGGGAACUGUUUAUUUAAAGCACCUUGCAGAGCAGGUAUUUUCUCUUUGUUGA